UUACAUGUUUUCGUGGACGACCAAAGCUUACAUCCAUCAGUAAUUGUCGAUGUCUAUUUUUUCUAGUGAUAGUGCCUGUUUUUCUCCCAUUUGAGCAGCGAUUGCAUAAAGUAAGGUGCUGGACCAGCCACCAGAGGCAGAGCCAGCUGAGUAGGCCUACUGAGGCUGAGUACAUCUACAGACAGGCACAGGCACAGCAGCAGUGAUCAGUGUGACAUUUGAUUGUGCUGGCCAAAGUCCACAGAAAAGAUGGCUGAUGUGUCAGAAAAAGAGGCAAAUAAGGGUGAUAGCCCUAAACCAGAUCAAGAGGUUGCACCUCCCCUGAUCUCCAUGAAUAAAGGGAAAAAAGCUGAAAAAGAAGAUGACAAAGAUGUUGGUAGGCGGAGGGCAUCCCUCAUCCCUGGAAAGGAUCGGCGUCAUCAGAGGCACGGCCCUCGUCGCGAUUCUUACCAGGAUUCUUUAAGCAGUCACGGAAGCAAUGCUGUGGGCAUGGGCCCGAAGAAGAAUGUGGUGCUUUCGGGGGAGGCCAUGAAAGAGAUGCAGAAACAGAUGAAGGCGAGCAGAGAUGAGAGGCGUCUUCAGAUGGACCAACGCCAUACAUACUUAUUUCAAAAGCUUGGCGAUUCUCUUGGUUUGGACGUGAGUGCUGUUGAGGAUUUCCUCCUGACCGAUGAGAAGUUUGAUUUGAUCGAUGAGUUUUUCAAAGCGGGAGGAAGCAGGAAAUUAAUAUUCUAUUACCAGGAGAUUGUGCGUGAAGCCAUGUUCUCACGGACAGAGACCUCAAGCGUCAUCAAUGCCAACCCCCAGAAGAAACUCUUCAUCACAAAUGGCAAAUGUGAGGGUCUGACUGGCCUGUGCUUCCAUUUCCUGAAAAUCACCGACAAGCCCAUCACGGUGCAGAAUAUUGCUCAGGAAGUGAACUAUGGCAUUGUGGACGCCAAGGGUGGGAAGUUACUGGAAGGAUUCGAGAGAUAUAUCUCGAAAAUCAUGCUGCCUGCACUCCAAGGCAAUGAGAACUGGGGACCUCUUAAAGAUAGCAGCAACAGCCAGGUACAAGAUUUCUUGGAGACGCUGGAGAAAUUCGUAGCAAGUCUGAUGGGCGCCAAGGACAAUAUGGAAGGUCAAGUGACCUUGGGUGAUAACGAUUUGGGCUACAUGUUAGAUCCCCUCAAAACGCCAGCAGACUACCAAAGUGCAGCAAGCAACACUGACACCCUUGAGAAGAUGGAGGAGCUGCUCGGCCUCUGGGCCAAACAGAUUGAGCAGGUGUUGGCUGAGAGUGAGCAGAUGAGGCGGGAGGCAGACGACAUUGGACCCACCGCUGAACUCAACUACUGGAAGAGCCGAACUUCAAAGUUCAACAACUUGUUAGAACAGAUCAAGAGUCCCCGGUGCAAAGCUUUAGUUGGUAUCCUACAUGCCGCCAAAUCCAAGAUGUUGAAGAAAUGGAAGGAGCUCGAUAUGCGUAUUACUGACGCAGCAAAUGAAGCCAAGGACAAUGUGAAAUACCUUUACACACUUGACAAGUUCUUUGGACCACUUACAAAGUGCACCCCGGCAUCCUUGGUUGAGCACAUUCCAAAGUUAAUGAGUGCUAUCAGGAUGAUCUACAGUAUUUCUCAGUACUAUAACACAUCGGAGAGAAUGACAUCGCUGUUCGUGAAGAUCACCAAUCAAAUGAUCACGACCUGCAAGGCUUACAUCAAGAAUGGCGUCACGAAGAUCUGGGAGCAUCCAAGGGGGGAACUGCUCCAGAGACUGACGGACAGCAUGGAUCUUAACACAGAGUAUCAGAAGUACUUCCAGAAAACCAAGGAAAAACUCAGGCAGACGCCCAAUGAGAGGCAGUUUGAAUUCAGCGAGAACUACAUCUUUGGUAAAUUCGACACUUUCUGCAAACGUCUCGAGAAGAUCAUCACCAUGAUCAACACCAUGGAGAGCUAUUCCAACCUACCUGAUGUCAAGAUUGAAGGCAUCGACACCAUGGUCGUCAGGUUCAAGACAAUCUGUGAAAGCGCAAAGAAGAAGAAUUAUGACAUUUUGGAUCACAGGAAGACUGAGUUUGAUCAGGAUUUCGUGGAGUUCUGUCGUCAGUUUGAUUUCUUGCAGUCCCAGAUCCAGAUAUUCAUGGAUGGCUGGUUUGAUAAGACGUUGUCUACUGAGAAAGCAUUGGCCCUGCUUGCAAAGUUUGAGAGGAUUGGCGGUGCUAAAUUAGACAUGAAUGAGAAGUUCAACAAAAUCUUGUUGAAUUAUGGAAAAGAUUUGGAAAUGGUUCGAAAGUUGUACCAGAAGCACAAGGCUGAUCCACCUAUCCCGAGAAAUCUUCCGCCGAUCACUGGCAAGAUUGCCUGGUCCAGGCAGCUGUUCAGAAAGAUUGAAACGCCGAUGAAGUUCUUCAAGAAGAAGCCAGAGCUGCUUCAGGGAGCCGAGGGGAAGAAGAUUGUACGCAACUACAACAAGAUGGCGGCUGUCUUGAUGGAAUUUGAGAUGUUGUACCACAGAAAUUGGUUCAGGACAGUCGACGACCUCAAAUCUGGCCUCUCCGCAUCCCUCCUCAUCAAAGACACAGACACCAAGAAACUGUUUGUGAACUUUGAUCCCUUGGUGUUUGAGCUGUUGCAGGAAGCCAAGUGCCUCCAUGGCAUGAAUUUAGAGAUUCCUGAAUCGGCCUCUCAUCUGAUAAUAAAGGAGGACUCCAUCAAGGCGAUGAAUGUGGCCUUGAAGGACACACUUAUUGAAUACGACAGGAUUGUGUCGGAGAUUCCCACCAUCAUCCUGCCCCUGAUGAGGCCGUACACGGAGAGAGUUGACGAGGCUCUCAAGCCUGGCCUUACGUCACUCAGCUGGGCUUCACUUAACCUUGACAACUAUCUCGAGGGCAUCCGCAAGGCCCUGAGCUUCCUGGAGCGACUUUCCAAGCAAGUUCAGGACAUCCUGGAUUGCCGUAUUGAGGAAGUCCUUGAGGAUAUGUCCCUGACAGCCCUCUGUGACCUGCCAGAGGAUGAGCCGGUCACCAUUGACCAUUUCAUGGCAAUGACAGAAGAAACUUGUACCUUUGCGGCUGAAAACCUCACAAAGCAAAGCCAGCUGGUUGAAAAGUCUGUUGAUGAGCUUGUUGCCUUGCUGAAGUCUCACCUCCAUGAGAAUGAGAUGACCAACCUGAGCGAGGAGGAGGGCUACACCUGUGUGCAGCCAGACACCAAGAACAAGAAGCAGAGGUGCCAGGAGUGCCAGCCGUGCAGUUAUUAUGCCAUGCUGAACUAUUUCUGUCAGAAGAACACGGAUGCACUGGUCAAAAGUACCCGUCUCUCCUUUGAUGCCAUCAAGCGCCGUCUCCAGAUGACAAACAAAUACACGAAAGAUUCCCGCGAUCAGAGCAACAAGGUGCCCCUCUUCAAGGGAGACAUCAUCCUGGCGAUCCCCAACAUCCUCCUUCGCCCGAGUCUCGAUGACAUCCAGACAGUCCUGAACAAAGCGGUCCAAGUCAUCUUGAAGAUGACCCAGGAAUUCCCGCAGUGGAACCAACUGAUUUUACAUCAAAAACAACAACAAAAGGAGUUGGAACAAAUGGCGGCAGACACAACAGAAGACGCCAAGGUCCAGAUGCCGACGACUGCUAUCAAACCGCUCCAUAAGAUCAUUAGUGAGCACAAGGAUGUGGUGAAGAUCGUCAUUCAGCUCAGCUCCAUCAUCAACACGUUCAAGGUGGAUGUGAACGAGAUCUUGGAUGAGUUCACCUGUUACCAGGAGCUCUGGAAGGAUGAACCAGAAGAGAAAGUGAAGGAGUUCAUGGCUACCAACCCCAUUCUGACAGAGUGUGAAGCUCAGAUAAGAUACUAUCAGAACCUGGAGCAGCAGAUCGAAGACAUGGCACCAAGCCAUCGAGUCGGCUCAGUCCUGUACCUGACCGAAACGCUCAAACUUGCACUCAUCCAAGAAACGCGUUCGUGGAAGAAUGCCUAUUCUAAAGCUCUGAAUGCAAAGUGCGGGGAGGAGAUGGAUCAGAUUCUUGACUUCACUGAAAAUUUGAUGAAGAGGCUGUGUCGCCCCGUCAAAGAUCUUGACGAUGUCCGCUCACACAUGGCUGCUCUCAGCGAGAUACGGGAGGCAGAGAUCCGUAUCGAUAUGACAAUUGGACCGAUUGAGGAGACGUAUGCACUGUUGAACCGGUACAACAUCACAUUUAAUGAUGGUAAUGCUGAAAGGGUCGACUCAUUGUCUUAUGGUUGGAAGAAACUGAUGGCGCAGGUUCACCAAGUCCAGAACCACCUCUUGAUAAUCCAACCUGAAUUCAAGGCCAAUCUGCUUCAAGGUGUCGAAGCCUUCAUUGAAGAUUCCACAGAAUUCGUCAGUGAUUAUGACGUAAAGGGCCCCAUGGAACAAGGCAUUGUACCAAGAGAAGCGUCUGACAGACUCAACAUCUACCAAGCACGAUUUGACGAGCUUUGGCGCAAAUAUCAAACGUACAAUGGUGGCGAGGAAUUGUUUGGUUUAGAAAUCACGCAAUACCCUGACUUGCAGCGAAUCAAGAAGGAGCUGAAUUUGCUCCAGAAACUGUACCAGCUUUAUAACAGUGUCCUUGAGACUGUGAAUGGUUACUACGAUAUUCCCUGGACUGAGAUUGACAUUGAGGCAAUCAACAACCAACUGCUAGAGUUCCAAAACAAAUGUCGCAAGUUGCCAAAAGCACUGAAAGAAUGGCAGGCUUAUGAAGAACUUCGCAAGACAAUUGACGACUUCAACGAGACUUGCCCCCUUUUGGAGAUGAUGGCAAACAAAGCCAUGAUGUUGCGUCACUGGGAGCGAAUCUCUGUCAUGACCGGACACACCUUUGAUGUCGACUCCGAUAACUUCCUCUUGAGGAAUUUGAUGGAAGCACCACUUCUUAAAUUCAAGGAAGACAUUGAGGAUGUGUGUAUCUCUGCUGUGAAAGAGAAGGACAUCGAAGCUAAGCUGAAACAGGUGAUCAACGACUGGAGCGCCCAGAACUUCCAGUUUGGAGCUUUCAAGAACCGUGGUGAGCUGCUGCUGAAGGGUGACACGACCUCUGAGACAGUGGCGCUGAUGGAGGACAGCUUGAUGGUGCUUGGCUCUCUCAUGAGCAACAGAUACAAUGCCCCAUUUAAGCCAAAGAUCCAGGAAUGGGUGCACAAGCUGACAGGGACAACGGAGAUCAUUGAGAACUGGCUAAUCGUGCAGAAUCUCUGGAUCUAUCUUGAGGCUGUCUUCGUCGGUGGUGACAUCGCCAAACAGCUACCGCAAGAGGCCAAGAGAUUUGGUAACAUCGACAAAUCAUGGAUGAAGAUCAUGCAGCGUGCUCACGAGAAUGCCAAUGUCGUCCAGUGCUGCAUGGGUGAUGACACGUUGAGUCAGCUUCUGCCGCAUUUGCUGGAACAGUUGGAAAUCUGUCAGAAGUCGUUGACUGGAUACCUGGAGAAGAAACGUCUCGUCUUCCCGAGAUUUUUCUUUGUUUCGGAUCCAGCACUGCUUGAGAUUCUUGGUCAGGCCAGUGACUCUCAUACCAUCCAGGCACAUUUAUUGAGUGUGUUUGACAACACGAAGACGGUCACUUUUGACGAGAAGGUUUAUGACAAGAUCUUGAGUUUGAAUUCCCAGGAAGGAGAGAAUGUGUCCCUGGAGGAAUCCGUCAUGGCACAGGGCAAUGUUGAAGUGUGGCUCGGAGAUCUGUUGCGGAUUUCCAGGAAGUCAAUCCAUGGCGUCAUAAGAACAGCUUCCAUCGCCAUCACUGACCCAUCAUUCAAACUGAUCGAGUUUGAGAACAUGUUCCCUGCACAAGUCGGGUUACUUGGUAUUCAGAUGUUGUGGACGCGUGAUUCGGAAGAGGCUCUAGCAAAUGCUCGAGUUGACAAGAAGGCUAUGCAAGCAACGAAUCAGAAGUUCUUGGACAUCUUGAACGAGUUGAUUGACACGACGACUACUGACCUGACAAAGAUUGAGAGGACGAAGUACGAGACUCUUGUCACUAUCCACGUCCAUCAGAGGGAUAUCUUUGAUGAUUUGGUGAGGAUGCACAUCAAGUCAGUGAAUGACUUUGAGUGGCUGAAACAGUCCCGAUGCUACUUCAAAGAGGAUACAGACACGUGCGUCAUCUCCAUCACAGAUGUGGACUUCCUCUACCAGAAUGAGUUCCUGGGUUGUACUGAACGUCUCGUCAUUACACCACUUACUGAUAGGUGUUACAUCACGCUUGCACAAGCCCUUGGUAUGUCCCUUGGCGGUGCCCCAGCCGGGCCUGCUGGUACAGGGAAGACAGAGACAACCAAAGACAUGGGUCGUUGUCUUGGCAAAUAUGUUGUUGUUUUCAACUGCUCUGAUCAGAUGGAUUACAGAGGCCUUGGUCGUAUCUACAAAGGUCUUGCCCAGUCCGGUUCAUGGGGUUGCUUUGAUGAGUUCAAUCGUAUCGAGCUGCCUGUGCUGUCUGUGGCCGCCCAGCAGAUCGCUAUCAUUCUCGUGUGUAAGAAGGAGAGGAAGAGCUCAUUCAUCUUCACUGAUGGUGAUAACGUCGACAUGGAUCCAGAGUUUGGCCUCUUCUUGACCAUGAACCCUGGUUAUGCCGGUCGUCAAGAGUUGCCAGAGAAUCUCAAAAUCAACUUCCGUACUGUUGCUAUGAUGGUGCCAGACAGGCAGAUCAUCAUUCGUGUCAAGCUUGCCGCUUGUGGUUUCCAAAAUAACGUACCACUCUCGAAGAAGUUCUACACGCUGUACAAACUCUGUGAGGAACAGUUGACCAAGCAGGUCCAUUAUGAUUUUGGUCUGCGUAACAUCUUGUCUGUACUACGUACCCUUGGGGCAUUCAAGCGUGCCAACCCACAAGACAGUGAAAAUGUGACAGUGAUGAGGGUCCUCCGAGACAUGAACUUGUCCAAGUUGGUUGAUGAAGAUGAACCUCUGUUUUUAUCCCUGAUUGAUGAUUUGUUCCCUGGUAUCCAGCUGGACAAGGCUGGGUAUCCAGACAUCGAAGGCGCUAUUGCAAACCAGGUUGCUAACUCAGGAGAUUUGGUUCACCAUGCUCCAUGGGUGUUGAAACUCAUCCAGCUCUACGAGACCCAGCGUGUUCGUCACGGUAUGAUGGCACUAGGACCCAGCGGCUCCGGCAAGACCAAGUGUAUCAACGUUCUCAUGAAGGCCAUGUCGGACUGUGGCGCCCCCCACAGAGAGAUGAGAAUGAACCCAAAAGCCAUCACGGCACCUCAGAUGUUCGGACGGCUUGAUGUUGCAACGAAUGAUUGGACCGAUGGUAUCUUCUCAACACUCUGGAGGCGCACACACAAGGCAAAGAAGGGUGAACACAUCUGGUUGUUACUUGAUGGGCCUGUUGACGCCAUCUGGAUUGAGAACUUGAACUCUGUCCUCGACGACAACAAGACUUUGACCUUGGCCAAUGGUGAUCGUAUCCCCAUGGCACCUGCUACUAAGAUCAUAUUUGAAGUACACAACAUCGACAACGCCUCGCCGGCUACUGUGUCUAGAAACGGUAUGGUGUUCAUCAGCAGCUCCGCUCUUGACUGGAAGCCAAUCCUUAAAGGGUGGUUGCUGAAGCAAAAUGCAAGUCUCCAAGACACAAUCUACAAUUUGUUUGAACACUUUGGCGACAUCCAUGCUUACAUCAUACAAAGCCUGAACCCCAAAAUGGAGAUCCUGGAGUGUAACUACAUCCGCCAGGCCAUGGAUCUUAUGGAUGGACUCCUGCCACCUGGUGACGAGUCUAAGAAUAUGAGCAAGGAACAUGUCGGCAAGCUGACCGUGUUUGCGAUGAUGUGGUCUCUUGGUUCUUUACUUGAGUUAGAGGACAGGAAAAAGCUUGAAGACUUCAUGACAAAGUUCAGCCUUGACCUCCCUCCAACUGAAGGCGAUGACACCAUCUUUGAAUACGUCGUCAACGACAAAGGAAAGUGGGAGCACUGGAGGGAACGGGUGCCUGAGUAUCUUUACCCCAGUGACUCUACGCCUGAAUACAGUUCUAUCCUGGUCCCCAAUGUAGACAAUGUCAGGACAGACUUCCUCAUCAACUGCAUUGCUUCUCAGAGCAAAGCUGUGCUCCUCAUUGGUGAACAGGGUACUGCCAAGACCGUCAUGGUCAAAGGCUACUGCAGCAAGUACGACCCAGAGUCCCACUUGUUCAAGAGUUUCAACUUCUCCAGUGCUACCCAGCCGCUCAUGUUCCAAAGAACCAUUGAAUCAUACGUCGACAAGAGAAUGGGUACAACAUACGGUCCACCUGCUGGAAGGAGGAUGACGGUAUUCGUUGAUGACAUCAACAUGCCGCUGAUCAACGAAUGGGGUGACCAGAUCACCAACGAAAUCACACGUCAAAUGAUGGAGAUGCGCGGCUUCUACAAUUUGGAGAAACCCGGCGAAUUCACGAACAUCAUCGACAUCCAGAUAACAGCAGCUAUGAUCCAUCCGGGUGGCGGCAGGAAUGACAUUCCUCAGCGUCUCAAGCGACACUUCUGUGUCUUCAACUGUACGCUGCCUUCAAACUCCUCUAUUGAUAAAGUCUUCAGAACAAUCGGCCUCGGGCACUUCUGUGCAGAGCGAGGUUUCCAAAAAGAUACCAUCGAUUUGAUCGACCUACUUGUCCCAGCAACAAGGAAACUCUGGCAGAAGGUUAAAGUGAAGAUGCUGCCGACACCUGCCAAAUUCCAUUACGUCUUCAACUUGAGAGAUUUAUCCAGGAUUUGGGAGGGCAUGUUGAACAUCGCCUCGGAUGUCGUGACAGGUACCACAGUUGUCUCAGCACUCUGGAAGCACGAAUGCUAUCGUGUCAUCGCUGACAGAUUCACAGAACAUGCAGACAAGGAUUGGUUUGAAAAGGCAAUCACACAGACUAUCCUUGAAGAAUGUGGUGAAACCGUCAUGAAAGAGACCCAUGCCGAGCCCUACUUUGUCGACUUCUUGCGAGAUGCACCGGAGCCAACAGGUGAUGAGGGUGAGGAUGCCGACUUCGACGCACCAAAGAUUUACGAGCCGAUUGAAUCAUUCGAGCAGCUGAGUGAGAGAUUGACUAACUUCCAAGGCCAGUACAAUGAAACAGUGCGCGGUGGUGCUAUGGACUUAGUAUUUUUCAAGGAUGCCAUGACCCAUCUCGUGAAGAUCUCCCGUAUAAUCCGAACUCCUGGGGGCAAUGCCCUGCUCGUCGGUGUGGGCGGCUCUGGGAAACAGUCACUGACACGAUUGGCUUCAUUCAUUGCUGGAUACAAGAGCUUCCAGAUCACACUCUCGAGGUCGUACAAUGUGUCCAACUUGAUGGAUGACCUGAAGGUGCUGUACCGCACUUCUGGGGCCGAGGGCAAGGGUAUCACGUUCAUCUUCACCGAUAAUGAGAUCAAGGAUGAAGGUUUCCUUGAGUACAUGAACAAUGUGCUUGCAACUGGUGAGGUUUCUAAUCUGUUUGCCCGUGACGAGAUGGAUGAAAUCCUACAGGAAUUGAUUGGCGUCAUGAAAAAAGAGCACCCAAGGCGGCCACCGACCAAUGAGAAUCUCUACGAUUACUACCUCGGUCGAGUCCGAGCAAACCUCCAUGUUGUUCUCUGUUUCUCACCAGUGGGUGAGAAAUUCAGGACAAGGUCCCUGAAGUUCCCUGGUCUGUUCUCUGGCUGUACAAUGGAUUGGUUCCAGCGAUGGCCAAAGGACGCUUUGAUUGCUGUCUCCAACCACUUUUUGUCCAGUUAUGACAUCACCUGUACAGCUAAUGUCAAACAGGCUGUGGUGAAUACCAUGGGAGAGUUCCAGGACUUGGUCGCUGAGCUCUGUAGCGAGUAUUUCCAGAGGUUCAGGAGGCAGACUCAUGUCACCCCCAAGUCGUAUCUAUCCUUCUUGGCGGGUUAUAAGACGAUCUAUAGCGCAAAGAAGGGAGAGAUUGGCCUGCUUGCAACCAGGAUGAAUACAGGUCUCCAGAAGCUGAUUGAAGCCAGUGAAUCGGUGAAUGAGCUAUCCAAGGAACUAGCAGUGAAGGAGAAAGAGCUUGCUGUUGCCUCUAAGAAGGCAGACUCCGUGUUACAGGAUGUCACGGUCAAGGCACAGGCUGCUGAGAAGGUCAAAGCCCAAGUGCAAAAGGUCAAGGACAAAGCUCAGGAGAUUGUUGACAGCAUCUCGGUUGACAAAGCCUUUGCUGAAGAGAAGUUAGAGGCUGCACGUCCUGCCCUGGAAGAGGCAGAGGCUGCCCUACAGACGAUCAAGCCUGCGCAUAUCUCCACUGUGCGUAAGCUUGCCAAGCCACCACAUUUGAUCAUGCGUAUCAUGGACUGUGUGCUGCUGCUCUUCCAACGUCGGUUGGAGCAUGUUACAAUGGACCCUGAGCGCCCGUGCGUCAAGCCAUCUUGGGGCGAUGCCCUCAGGUUGAUGAACAACAGCAACUUCUUGCCGGGUCUAAUGAGCUUCCCGAAGGACUCCAUUAAUGCAGAAACUGUUGAAUUGUUGACACCCUACAUAACUGCAGAGGACUACACUUUGGAAACUGCCAAGAGGGUCUGUGGUGACGUUGCUGGUCUGUGCUCUUGGACAAGGGCCAUGGCCUUCUUCUUUACCAUCAACAAGGAGGUUUUACCAUUGAAGGCAAACUUGGUGGUACAGGGAGCUCGUCUCGCUGCUGCCCAGUCUGAUCUCGACACAGCCCAGGCUCAGCUUGAUGAGAAGCAGGCCGAGCUUGAUGUCGUCCAGGCACAAUACGACGCUGCCAUGUCCGAGAAGCAGACAUUAUUGGAAGACGCUGAGGCCUGCAGACGUAAGAUGAACAAUGCCACAGCGCUGAUCGAAGGUCUUUCCGGAGAAAGGGUCAGGUGGACAGAAGCUAGUCGAUCGUUCGAAUCGCAGAUUCAGCGCUUGGUCGGUGAUGUGUUGCUUGCUACCGGCUUCUUGUCCUACUCGGGUCCAUUCAAUCAAGAGUUCAGGUCCCUCAUGUUGAAGAACUGGAAGAAGGAAAUGAUACAAAACAAGAUUCCUUUCUCCGAUGAUCUGAACAUCGUUAGUAUGUUGGUAGACAAUGCCACGAUCAGUGAGUGGAAUCUGCAGGGCCUUCCCAAUGAUGAGCUGUCCGUCCAGAACGGUCUGAUCGUCACAAAGGCAACACGCUACCCACUGCUGAUUGAUCCGCAGAAUCAGGGGAAAUCGUGGAUCAAGAGUAGAGAGGCCAGGAACGAGUUACAGGUCACAUCACUGAACCACAAAUACUUCAGGACACAUCUUGAGGACAGUUUAUCUCUUGGUCGGCCACUCCUGAUUGAAGAUGUAGGAGAGGAGCUCGACCCAGCCUUGGACAACGUUUUGGAGAAGAAUUUCAUCAAAUCUGGUUCAACAUUCAAAGUGAAGGUUGGAGACAAAGAGGUUGAUGUGAUGACUGGUUUCAUGUUGUAUGUGACUACAAAACUCGCCAACCCAGCAUACACCCCCGAGAUCUCGGCCAGGACGUCCAUCAUUGACUUCACUGUGACGAUGAAGGGUCUAGAGGACCAGUUGUUGGGUAUUGUCAUCUUGACUGAGAAACAGGAAUUGGAAGCAGAACGAACGAAACUGAUGGAAGAAGUGACAGCCAAUAAGCGUAAAAUGCAGGAGUUAGAGGACAACCUCUUGUAUCGUUUGACCUCUACGGAGGGGUCAUUGGUAGAGGAUGAGUCACUUAUUGAGGUGCUCAGAAUCACCAAGGUGACUGCUGAGGAUGUUCGGGAAAAACUGACUAUUGCUGCAGAGACUGAGAUCAAGAUCAACUCGGCUCGUGAGGAAUUCAGGCCUGUUGCAAGCCGAGGUAGUAUCAUCUACUUCUUGAUUGUCGAGAUGAGCAUGGUGAACAUCAUGUACCAAACUGCCCUCAAACAGUUCCUUGGUAUCUUUGACCUCUCCAUGGCCAAGUCGACCAAGUCGCCGAUCAACACCAAGCGUAUCAACAACAUCAUCGAAUAUCUGACGUUCCUGGCAUACCAAUACACCGCCCGUGGAUUGUACGAAGUGGACAAGUUCCUCUUCAUGAUUCUUCUGACCAUGAAGAUUGAGCUUCAGGCUGGACGUGUCCGACACGAUGAGUUCCAGGUCUUCAUCAAAGGUGGCGCUGCUCUUGACCUGAAUGCCGUCGAGCCCAAACCAAAGAAGUGGAUUCUGGACAUGACGUGGUUGAAUCUUGUUGAACUUGGCAAGCUACCACAGUUUUCUCAGAUUACAGGACAAGUGGCCAGAAAUGAUAAGGCGUGGAAGGGUUGGUUUGAUGAAGAUGCCCCAGAGGAGUGCCCCAUCCCAGAUGGAUAUUCAAACUCCUUGGAUACAUUCAGAAAGCUUCUCCUGAUCAGGUGUUGGUGUCCUGAUCGUACUCUUCCCAUGUCUCGCCUCUAUGUGGCAGAAACAAUGGGAGUCAGAUAUGCAGAGGGUGUGAUCCUGAACAUGGAAGCCAUGUGGGAGGAGAGUGACACACGUACUCCAAUGGUCUGCUUCCUCUCCAUGGGCUCUGAUCCAACAGACAAUAUCGAGCGGUUAGGAAAACAGAAGGGACUGAAGGUUGGUUCCAUCUCAAUGGGCCAAGGGCAAGAGGUACACGCCCGUCGUCUGCUCCAGGUGUCCAUGCAAGAAGGAAGGUGGAUUCUGUUGCAGAACUGUCACUUGGGGCUCAACUUCAUGGAUGAGUUGCUCGAAACGAUCAUCACAACAGAACAGGUCCACGAUGCCUUUAGGUGUUGGCUGACGACAGAAGAGCAUCCCAGCUUCCCCAUCAACUUGCUGCAGUCAUGUAUCAAAUUCACCAACGAGCCUCCGCAGGGUGUCAAGGCUGGUCUCAAGAGGACGUAUGCUCUUAUAUCUCAGGACCAACUCGACAUCAGCAACAUGCCCCAAUGGAAGCCACUGCUGUAUGGUGUUGCCUUCCUGCACACCACAGUCCAAGAGAGGAGGAAGUUUGGCCCAAUUGGUUGGAACAUCCCGUAUGAGUUCAACCAGUCUGAUUUCACAGCAACAGUCCAGUUCGUGCAGAAUCAUUUGGAUGACAUGGAUCCUAAGAAGGGUGUCUCAUGGAAUACUAUACGCUACAUGAUCGGGGAGGUGCAGUAUGGAGGACGAGUGACAGACGACUACGACAAGCGUUUGCUCAAUACGUAUGCCAAGGUCUGGUUUGGUGAGGGAAUGUUUGCAGACUCCUUCCAGUUCUACACAGGCUACAAGAUCCCAAGGUGUAAGACAGUGAAUGAUUACAGAGAGAACAUUGAACAGCUUCCAUUGAGUGACACACCCGAGUGCUUUGGUCUUCAUCCAAAUGCUGACAUCACAUAUUCUACGAAUACUGCUAAUCACAUGUUGGAUACGAUUGUGAGCAUCCAGCCCAAGGACUCUGGUGGCGGUGGUGGUGAGACACGUGAAACAGUCGUCUACAGACUGGCUGACGACAUGUUGGAGAAGUUACCCGAAGAUUAUUUGCCUCAUGAGGUGAAAGAGAGGCUGCGUAAAAUGGGUCAUCUGCAGCCGUUGAUCAUCUUCCUGCGUCAAGAAGUGGACAGGAUGCAGCGUGUCAUCACUAGUGUCAGGAGCACUUUGAAAGACCUCAAGCUUGCCAUCGAUGGUACCAUCAUCAUGAGUGAGAAUCUCCGAGAUGCGCUCGAUAACAUGUUCGAUGCUAGGAUUCCAAAUGCAUGGAAGAAGAUUUCCUGGCAGUCUGCUACCCUUGGUUUCUGGUUCACAGACCUGCUGGACAGGAACGCACAACUCCACAGUUGGUUGCAUGAUGGCAGGCCACAUUGCUUCUGGAUGACAGGAUUCUUCAACCCUCAGGGUUUCCUUACGGCCAUGCGACAAGAGAUCACCCGUGCUCACAAGGGAUGGGCUCUCGAUGGUGUCAUCCUCGCCAAUGAUGUCACUAGGUCCAUGAAGGAGGACAUCACUGCUGGACCAUCUGAAGGCGUCUACGUGUACGGUCUGUACCUGGAUGGAGCCGGAUGGGACCGGCGUAACACCAGACUGAUCGAGCCCUCGCCAAAGGUGCUGUACACGCAGAUCCCUGUCGUGCAUGUCUUCGCCAUCAACACUGAGCGCGCCAAGAGCAACACUAUCUACGAGUGUCCAGUCUACAAGAAGCCACAGCGUACUGAUCUGACCUAUAUCUUCCCUCUCAUGUUGAAGACCAGCAAGGACCCUGAUCACUGGGUCUUGAGGGGUGUUGGUCUCCUCUGUGAUACCAAGUAAAAAAACUCGACUGUUAAUUGUUAAGUUCUGCCAUUGAACAGAAUAAGUUAACUUUUGUCACAACAAAUAUGACAUUGUUCGAUUUUUUGUAAGUUUUUUAUAUAAACAGUAACUGGCUUGCUAACAUUGAACCAAGCCAAAGUUCACCGUUGUGAUAUUCUUUUAGUUUGUUUUUUUUUGUAAAACUCAGAUGAAUCCCUCCAUGCAAAUUCUGUGAUAAAAAUAUGUUAUCUCUCUUACUUCUUUCCAAGCUUAUAAAACUUCAAACUUGACUGUUUUACUUUACAAUCAAGCUUGGCUGAUAGUUCCAUUUUUAUUUUUUCACCCAAGUAUCUUGCCUGAUAUUCCUCCUAUUUUCAUAUGCUAUGGAUGUGCAGGGAUCCUUUUUUUGAUAGAAUGGGUACAGUGAUAUUUGCCAGUAGAUAAAUAAUUGAAUUAAACUGUCCACUAACGAAUUUGCCAUUUUGGAUGGACUUGUUUGAAUUUGAGUCAUCUGUCCACCCAUUCACAAAAAGGGUCUGCUGGAGAGCUAUUUAACCUUAUAAAUAAUGUGUGCAUUUAUUUAUUUCUAGAUUGUUGCUCAUAAUAUAUUCUUGUCAGUUAAUCAUUAUAAUUAGUCGAAAUGCGUGUGGCUGCCUGUUUAGCACUUAGAUUUUUUUGCAUUAUGUAUCACAUGCACAGAUUUUGAAGAGUUCACUUUCUAAUACUGGCCAACCAUCCCCUUUCCUGAGGCAACUUUCCCCUUUUGUUUAUUACCAAUGGUGAUAUCAGUUUCUGGCAAUCUGUACAUUAUGUGUGUCUAACCUUCCUUGCCUGAUGAUGCUUUGCAUUUUCACGUUUUAUACACAGUUUAUUUAGAUUAGUUUAUUUGUUUUGAGUGUGCAUAAUUUGUAUAGGUUAUAACUUUUACACAGCGAUUAAAUUUAUGUACAUUAUGUAUUUAAGU